GAUUUGUAUUCGACCAGAGCUCAAAAGCACUUUAAGACCACAAAAAGGGCUCUGGCCUCUCAAAUUGAAGAACCAAUGGAUACUCCUGAGAGCCCCAUCAGUGCAAUGGAGUUCCUGUGCAGACCAUGGAGUCCUUCUGCCUCCAACUUCCUGCAGUUAUUUCCUUCAAGUGUGAGUUUGCUACUUCCCAAAAACAUGCGUAGCACAAACGAUGCGCACUUAACAAGUUCGUCCUGUUAAAUUGUUCACUGACCCAAUGAAGAAACAAUCUAACAACGAAGACAUAAGAAACUGGGAGUGUUUGGGACCAUCUAAGAUUGUGAUCCAUCCGUGACCGCAACCAUGAAGUGGUGGCCCCAUGUCCAAACUUUGACAUUAAUCCACUUCAGUCUCUCUUUUGUCCUUCUGCUAGUACUUUCAUGCUUUCUCGAACUAGGUGAAUAUGCAUUGAACUUGUAAUGAGCACAUACUGAAUUUGAUCCAAAGUUCACCGAGUUCCGAGCUAUAAUCUGUACACACAAAAUGCGGCAUUGAAUUUGUAGAAUCUCUCGUUUGCCCAGUAUGACAGGGCCAGAGCAGAAGAUCAUGAAAAUCAACCACAAGCAGCAUUGAAGCACACCCCAGAAAGGAACCAGGUGCUUGUAAUCAACGAGAAAUUCAGUAGAGUAAUGAUCAAUCUCUCCCAUCAAUGUUCAGGAAUUCAUUCGUUUAUUAGUAGUAAUAACCAGCGAUUUCACAGUCAUCCCUAGCCUUGGAGGUGCAAGAAAUUUGCCAGGUGAUAUUCAACUGAAACAGACCUGUGUUACAACUCUUUGAAUGCCAACUUCUCUAGAAAAGCGAUUCAAGUUAGUAAACGUUUUUUCUUCCCAAAUUUGUGCUCCGGCCUUGUUCCCCACAGCUAGUCCAGUGCUCUUAUGCUCAUAGGAUAGGUUAAAAAUCAUCUAGUUGUACUCUACAUCCCUCAUCUUGAUAUUAUGUACAUUUUGGUUAUGUAGAUGAACUUGAAUCACGUGAAAGGAUGGCCAAAAGGCAAAUCGCUCUCUGGCUUCUUCAGAUCUUGUAAAGAGAAGAAGAAAGAUGAAAUUCGAUGCCACACGGCCAGACUACAUGCUGCACUUUCACUUACAGAGCUUGCUGCAGCAAUUGCAGGCUUUGCAACCAGUACCAGCACAGAAGCACAAAACAUCAACCGAAAAGGCAAUGGUGAAACAAGGGCAAUAUACGAGGAAAUGGGAGGUGCUGUUGCUACUGCAGCAGCAUUGAUGACUACUGUAUGUGCUGAGGCAGCAGAAUCUUUAGGUGCAGAUAGAGCUCAACUUGCAUCUGCAGUCAAUUCUGGCCUGGCCAUCAGUAAUCCUAUUGACAUGAUGGCAGUAACAGCAACAACAUCAACAUGUUUAAGAGGUGCUGCAAUUCUGAAAUCAAGAACUAUGGCAGACUCCUUGAGGAUCCAAGGGCUGCUUAGAGCUUGCACUGAGAUAUGUAUAAUCACCCCAUCAGGUCGCAGAGAACACAAAUGGGUCACCAUACAUUCAAAGCCCAAACAAAUCACACUGUCCUUCAAGAAGAAGUAUUUUGGAGGAACCCUAUCAAUUUCGAAAGAGUACAAGCUUAUCUGUAUCGAGGAAGCAAUGGAAGGCGAGGAAUACUUCUUCCUAAGUUUGAGGACAAGCAAUGGCAUCAUCAAGCUACUAUUCAAAGAUCAGACGCAAUUGAACAUCUGGAUAUCAGCCAUUUCCAGUCUCCUAAAGAUGGCACAACCCCAGCCAUUUCUCAGCUAAGAAGUCACCAGCAUCGUACCAUCCAUGAUUCAGUUCCAAGGGAAACAAAACACAAAUCAAUUAGCCUAUAGCUUGAUGGCUGUGAUACUUUCUUUUCUGUAUGUCCCAUUUAAACAGCUUAUCCAUAUCAGGGAAACAAUGGAAGGUGAGGGAUACUUCUUUUC